AUGAUCGUCAGUUUCCGACAAAAAUUUGUCGUCAUUCACAUUACCACGAGCGAUAAAAAGCUAGCUAAAAAGUACGAGAUGGCGCUUAUCGUAAAGGAACGAGCCACAUGCAAAACAGCCCUAAAAAGCAUACACGAUGUUGUGAAUCAUUUUAUGUUAGCCGUGCAAAGCGGUAGCGAUGCUGUUUUUUACCCGGAAGGAACUCUUCGAAUAAAAAUAGUAAUUGUGGAUUGUCCAGUAUCUAUUUGGAUAACAAGCAACGAACAACAGGAAAAUUAUUGCGACAGCUAUGUCAAUGCAACUGUUUAUCUUUUGAGGCUCCUCGAUUAUAUUAAUGACAGCUACAACACAGUACCACUGAUCUUGCACUUAAAAAUCCCCCCCUCCCCUCAAGAUCUACCGUUGAUAUCAAGUGAAAACGACCGACAAGAGUAUGCAAAAUCCACUGCCAGUAUCGGAAUUAGUCAAGGUCUCUCCUAUAUGACACCAAAUGACUUGUUGUUGGGGGAGGGGGAGCAUGAAUCCGAGACGUUAUGACUUAAAUGGACGAUUCUGUUUGAAGAUGAAUUUAUCAAUCUACACUGAUUAUAAAUGCCUGAUAAGCUACAAAGAUAGGAGUAUCAAAGAAGUAACAAUUCAUUUUAUUUUGUGUCUGAUGAGUACAAAUGGACUUGUAAGCCGGAGCAUGACUAUUUCCAGAGAAAUUCAAUUUUAAAAUUGUACAUGUGUUGAAGUACCUCACUAAUCUUAUUAUAGCAUAUACAGUUAAAGAUAAAAAACAUUUUUAGG